GCGAGGAGGAGGGAAGGAGGGAGAGAGAGAAUUUGAGAGGUGGAGAGGGAGGGGAAAGGGGGAGAUAGAGAUGAAUCAGAUAGAGAAAGAGUGGAGGAAAGGAAGAUAUUUUUUUGUUUAAAUGAACAAGUGUAUUGAGUCAAAAGCCUGGGUUAUCCUCACCCUUAUCUUAACAAGUCCCUAUGUGAGCUCAGAUUUCACACCCAAAACUUAUGUAUAUCAUCAAAUGAGACCCAUAGACACAUCUCCAUUGGAUCUAUCCUAGUCCAAUGAACAUAUAUAGUUGGUUAAGACACGCCUACACUCUCAACAGUGAGUCAAUGAGUCAGUGAGUCAGGUCUUGAGUCAGGCCAAACGCUACACACGUCAAGCUCGCCUUUCCUGGGUUAUUUUACAUCACUUGUUUCGAGAGAGGCUCCAUCAGGCCUGUAUCGCGUCCUUGUAUUUUUGGAAUAUUUUUCGUCCUGCACAAUUUUUUUUUUUUUUUGUUCAUGAGGUUUUCUUUUUCCUUACCUUUGCACUUCAGCUGGAGUAUCUUUGACAGCUUCCUCUCCUACUGUUCUUCGGUUUCUCUGUCCGUAACUCGUGCCAGUUUUAUUCAAUUACAUCCAUUUUCUCCAUCAGUGUCAGCAGCCUUUUUCUUGUACUGCGAUUCCUUGCAUGGAACCGCCGAAAUAAUCUUUGAUUGUGUCCUCCUCCUGCAUGUCAGGGACCCGGCACUGUGGGGGCCUCCGUGUUUGCAGCAACAAGGCUUCCGACCGCGGAACUUGCAUCCUGCUCCCAGGUCCAAGACUUGCGGCGCCAUCGGCAAACACUUAAGGCACAUGGCUGGCGGCUCCACGUACGGUGCCACUCGCUCCAGAGAUGAAUACCUUCUCUGGCACUUCCCCUUUCAGGAGGGCAACGAGCUGACUCCGCUCCUCGCCCCUGGACACGUGCCUCUUCACCCACACAAAUCGGUCAUCGCCCAACAGAGAGUCUGGGUCCAGUGUGGUCGGGUCUUGGGAAAUUAUCCUUUCAGUUAGCCUUACCCCAGCUUGUGGGACGAUCAUCACUGCCCCUUUGUAUCCCUGAAGCGUCAGGAGAAGAGAGAAACUGAAACGGGGGGGGGGGGGGGGAUUUGAAA